CUAAUUUUUGCGGACGCAUGCGGCUUCUUUCAACAGCGGAACCAUUCAAUUCUCAUCAUUUUUGCAUGCAAUGAUCCUAGUUCCAUAGAUAUUUUCCAUCUUCACCCAUGGACUUCGAUUUCUUCUGCAAAUCUGUAUUUUUUUAUUUUUGUUUAUAAAUAAAAAAGAUGCAAAAUAUUUAAUUUAGCCGCUUUGAUUGUGUCUAUUGUCAUUUUUUUAAAUAAAAUUAGAUUUUUAUUUGGUGGGGUAGAGGAGAAUAGAUCUGAGAUCUUGCACGCAAAAAUGAUGUCAGUUAAUGUGUUCUAAUUUUUGCGAACGCAUGCAGUUUCUUCCAAUUGCGGAACCCAUUUAAUUCUCAUCAUUUUUGCAUGCAAUGAUCCUAAUUCCAAAGAGAUUCACCGUCUUCUCCUUGUUUCAUCUAUGGACUUGCGAUUUCUUUUGCAAAUCUGUAUUUUAUAUUUUAUUUUCGUUGAUAAAUCAAAUGAGAUGUAAAACUUUCAAUCUAGUCGUUCUGUGUUUAUCGUCAUUUUUGUUUCGAAUAAAAUUAAAUUUUUGGUUGGUGGGGAUGGAGGAAAAUGGAUCUGAGAUCUUGCAUGCAAAAAUGAUGUCAAUUAGUGGAUUCAUGGAUCAGAGGUAAGCCAGAAUCCUACUAAUUAGCUUAUAAGCAAUUUCUGGAAGUGGUAUACAUGGAGUUGCCACCGAGCCUCUCUUCAAGUCUUCCAAAUUAAUAUUGUCAUCUCCACAAAUAUUUGUAUGGAUUGCACCAAUCUAGUCAAAUAUGAGUUUUGUCCUUAAAAAGGAUCGGAAAACUAUAUGCAGUGUCAAGUCCACAAACGCGCCUACUGAACUGUCCAAUGAGUUGAACAUACAUACAAUGAGACAUAUGAAAGUAUCAGGAAUUUCCAUGUUGCCCCAGUUUUCAUUGGAUCCUGCCCCAGAAAAUUCGCAUGAAAGGCACGAGUGGAGAAGGUUCUUGGAUUUCCUGCACAAGUAUGACAUGAUUGCUAUUGCAGACUUUGAGCCAUACAAGUUUUACAUUCUGCCCCCUGCUAAAGCCUCGACAUCUACCCCAGUUAGUGUUGCCUAUCGGAUAGGCAAGACAUGCGUUGUGGAUAGUAGACCACGGGAUUGCGAAUCAGCAGGUUCGCACUUGGCUGAGGAGCAUCGCCGACCUAAUACUUCGAUGAUGAGAGGCCCAGCAAAUGGUGCAGAAGUUUGUUCCUCUGAUCCUAACUGCCCUCAAACUGAUGAUUGUGCCAACCAUUCUAUGAGUGAAACUUGUGAUGAAUUGAAAAGUAAAACUCAUAUGAAGCAGGAUAGACUCUUCGAGAAAAAUUACAUACGAGCAGACCCAAGUUACCUAAAAACUCUUGGUCAAGCUCAUUCUGGAUGGAUUUUUGGUGGGAUAGCUGAGCUUGUUGAUAAUUCAAGGGAUGCCAAAGCCUCCAAGUUGGAUAUUUUUGUAGAGAUGAUCAAGUUGAAGAAAUCUGGGAAGAAUGUUCCUAUGUUGUCAAUUAUUGAUAAUGGUCAAGGGAUGAACCAUGAUGAGAUUGUGAAAAUGGUAUCGUUUGGGCAUAAACAACCUGAUAAAGAUGUCAAGGAUCACAUUGGCAGAUUUGGCAUCGGAUUCAAGACAGGAGCAAUGAGGCUUGGGAGGGAUGUUCUUGUUCUAACCCAGACUGCUAACUCCAGAUCUUUAGCGUUUCUUUCACAAUCUUUGAAUGAAGGCAAAGAUAAUAUUGAGAUUCCAAUAGUUAGUUACUGUCGGCAAGGACAACAGGUGGAAAUUGACACAGCUGUUCAGUCUGAAGCUUUGGCAAAAAAAAAUUUGAAAGCUAUUAAGGACUUUUCACCAUUUGACAAGUAUCUAAUUGGGGAGAAGGCAGCCUUGUUUUGUGGUGCUACAGGAACACAGAUCUACAUAUGGAACCUUGAUGAAUGGGGGUCAGGUUAUUGUCUAGAAUGGCAGGAUGGACUGUUUGGUGGGAGUUCUUUCCACCAAGGCGACAUUUUUGUCCGCUCUAGAAGGAUUCGUUCUCGUCAAGGCCAAGUUAGUCUGAAGGUUCCACUAGACUUCUCGCUACGAGCUUAUUUAGAAGUCAUAUUCUUAGUUCCACGAAUGAAGAUGUUUGUUCAAGGAACACUGGUUAAAAGUCGACCACUAGCAAAAUUUCUAACAAAAACUGUCGUGGAAUCUGGUGACAUCUUGGGAAAUCCUGUUGAAUUAACUCUGGGAUAUAGUGAAUUAGAAUGGGAGCACGGAAACUGUGGAAUAUUUUUGUACUGGCAUGGUCGUUUAAUUGAGGCUUACAAGAGAGUUGGUGGUAUGAUCCAUAGUGCAGAUGUAGGGCGGGGUAUAAUUGGUGUCAUAGAUGUGACCAAUUUAAUGGAUGAUAAGGAUGGCCGUGUUUGGGUGCAUAACAACAAGCAGGGAUUUCAAGACUCUGAGUCAUAUGCGCUACUUGAGGAGUGGCUUGCGAAAAAAGCAGAUGAAUACUGGGACAAAAAUUUUGAUUCACUUAAGUUGCAUAAAGAUAAUUGUAUCUACAAACCUGAUUCCGAAUGGGUGCAAUGUGACAAGUGCAGAAAGUGGAGAAUGUUACCUCAUAACUAUGACGUCGAAAAAUUACCUAUGCAAUGGUUCUGCUAUAUGCAGCCUUUUGGGGGUCAAUGUUCAGAUGAAGAACAAAAGAUGGCACCUGGCACAGUUAAUCUUUCCGAUAAGCGUUCAGGAUAUGACUGCAAGCCUAAAGAUUCUGAUAGGAUAAAGGUGGAAGGUGUUAUGAAUGCCUCUGGUGAAGAUGAGAGAAGGGUGAGCUUCCAGAUUGAGGAGACCAAACCUCAGGUGUUAAAGAGGUUGAGAAGAGGACCUCCAUCUCCGAAUCAUGAGAAUGCAAAGUCUAGAUCACCUUCCUCAACAAAGCUGUAUGAAGAACAUACAGCUGAGAAGAGGGUGAGGUUUGAAAUUGAAAAGACCAAACCUUCGGCCUUACAGAGGUUGAGAAGAGGACCUCCUCCAUCUCCAAAUCAUGAGAAUUCAAAGUCUAGAUCACCUUCCUCAACAAAACUGUAUGAUGAAAAUACAGCUGAGAAGAGGGUGAGGUUUAAAAUUGAAAACACCAGACCUUCGGCCUUACAGAGGUUGGGAAGAGGACCUCCAUCUCCAAAUCAUGAGGAUUCAGAGUCUAGAUCACCUUCCUCAACAAGGCCGGGAAAGGUGCACCCACUCAGAUAGAAUUUUGCAGGCUACAAAAACCACAUGAAAAGUUGUUUAUAUUUUGUUUUAUUUUAUGUCAAUGAAUCUUGUUCGACUUGAAUUUAGUCUAUAGAUAAUAUAAAUAAAGUCUGUAUUAUAUUUCCCAA